AUGGUAAACAAUGGUCCUGAGAGGGUUUUAUGUUCUAUCUUUGAACUCUCUAGGGAUAUCGGUACUAAGGUCGGCAUCUGUGUUAUCAAAUAUCAUACAGGAGAAAUGAUUUUGUCAGACUAUAUGGAUUCCCAGAUUUACAUCCGUACUGUCCAUAAUAUCCAGGUCUACCAACCCACAGAAAUUCUGUUACCGAGUUCUAGUCUUUCCCCUGUAGUUUCUAAAUUGGCAACAAUUAUUAAAUUCAACGUUGAUGAAAGUGUAAGGAUUACAGAGACUUCUGCCAAAUAUUUCAAUUCCCAAGAUGGAUUAACAGCCAUUGACAAGUACAUGAUCGAAAAUGAUAAAAAGCAGCUACUUAUGGAUGAAUUUACCGACAAGGCAUUUGCUCUAAAUGCUACUGCUGCUGCUAUGUACUAUACGGGAGAAAUCGUCUCCACGGCAUCCAAUUCUUGCCUAACCAGAUACGAAAACUUCCGUAUUAAAUAUGAAGGUACUGAAAACACUAUGCUUAUUGAUCCUAAGACGAUCAGAGGCCUUGAGCUUGUGGAGAAUAAUGUGGUAAAACAAGGGCUCUCCUUUUGGAAAUUUAUGGAUAAUACAUGUACCAAGAUGGGACAAAGGUCAUUGAGAAAUAACAUUUUACAACCUUUAACAGAUAAAGCUAACAUUGAUAUGCGACUACAAACGGUAAAGGAACUAUUGGGACAACAUGAACUACUUGAUGGUCUUAGAACUCAGAUGAGAAAACUGCAAGAUUUAGAUAAAUUGUUCGCCAAACUGUUGUCAGUAGACCAGACAGCAGUCAAAUCAGAACAAAAGAUCAAUUACUCCAUCUUGCUCAAGGAUUCUAUCGCUGUGACUAAAAAUUUACGAGAGUUACUCUCUCAAGUUGCACUAGAAUCCACUUUACUUACAGAGGCUCGGGAUGUCUUCUGUCAUGAGAGCAUAGAUCAAAUUGAACAGCUAAUUCACAGCUACAUUAAUGAAGAUUGUGUUUGGGCUUCUUCUCCUCUGGAAUUGGAAAAUCAACGAUGCUAUGCAGUUAAAUGUGGUGCCAAUGGUUUGCUCGAUGUAUCGAGGCAAAUUUACAAAAAUGUCAUGGAUGAGAUCAUACAUGAAGUAGAAGAAUUAUCAGUGACUCAUGAUCUUAUCUUUGAUUACAAUUACGAUUCUUCUCAUGGAUUUUUUUUGAGGGUAAAGCGUCAGCUAGUAGGAUCUGCCUCUUCCUUACCGCCAAUCUUCAUAAACAGAGUGACCAAGAAAAAUUACAUCGAAUGCAACACUCUCAAAAUCGUCAAGUAUAAUGCCAGGUUAAAGGAAGUAUUGUCAGAAAUAAGCAUCAUAAGUGAACAAGUGGUAGAUAAAUUGUUGACUGGAAUUGUGAAAAACAUUUCUGUACUUUUUAUGGUAUCUGAAGCAGUAUCUAUCUUAGAUUUGAUGUGUUGCUUUGCAUUUAAUUCAAGGGAAAGGAACUAUUGCAUUCCUGUUUUCUCAAAUCAAAUGAUAUUACAAAAUUCGAGACACCCGGUGGUGGAAACCCUAAUUAAAGACUUCAUCCCUAAUAAUAUUUCGAAUACAGCUAGCAAUUCUUUACAAAUUAUAACAGGUUGUAAUAUGAGUGGGAAAUCGGUUUAUCUAAGACAGGUGGUCUUACUUUGUAUCAUGGCACAGAUGGGCUGUCCUAUUCCUGCUGAUUGUGCUUAUUGCAAAAUUUAUACCAAAAUUCAUGCAAGAAUAUGCAACGACUCCAUGGAAUUGAGUACUUCCACAUUCGCAUUUGAAAUGAAAGAAAUGGCGUAUUUUCUGGAUGAUAUCGAUUCUUCCACCCUGUUAGUCCUUGAUGAAUUGGGGAGGGGCUCUAGUAUCGGUGACGGCUUUUGCAUAUCUUUGGCGGUUGCAGAACAUUUGCUCAAGAUUGGAGCCACUAUCUUCCUUUCAACACAUUUUCAAGAUAUCCCGAGCAUUCUCAAGUAUAAACCCUCUGUUGUGCAUUUGAACAUGUUGACUGACAUGAAGGGUGACAGUUCCUUGGAAAUGCACUAUCGAUUAAGUAGCGAUCCCGCAACUGCCAUCGAAAAUCCAGGUAUCAAAGCUGUCCAAAAGUUGUUCAGCCCCACCAUUAUUGAAGAAGCUUAUCGCAUUUGCGAGAGGCUACAAAUUAGUAAAUCUCGAUGCGUCGGUGGAUUUCAAACUGAGGAAGACCGACAGCAUAAUCUUCAAAUGGUCAGACAAAUGAAGAAAAUAUUUUCCCUAGUAGAGCUGCUGGGAAGUCAACUAGAUAAUGAAGAUCAAUUUUCACUUCCUUCUCUAAAAUCACUCCAAGAUUUGUUUGUCGAUUCCUUUGAAAAUUAA